CAGGGCAAAAGUGACGUUUACAAUUCGGUGGUCUGGGUUGGGAAUAUCUAUUCAACGAAUGGGUGGGUGAAAAAUUUCCUCUGAUUACCCUUUCUUUCUCACAUCUGAAGCUUUCCUCUUUCUCAUUCUUCUUCCCAUUUCCUCUGAGAGCAAUACGUUAGCAAUUCGGCACUGACCCUCGCCCGGAAGUCUAAAUCCUAGCUCCUUCCCACCGGAAACAAUCGAGUUGUGGUGGCAACUGCUUCACUGGUGAGAGCCAUCCAACACUGGGUCUUUGUCUCCAUCUCCUACCUGUCUUAGAAAUAGAAAGGAGAAAAAAAAAUGGUGAAGAAAGCUUCAAAUUUGAAAAUUGAUCAUUCAUCUUCAACCUCCGUUACUUCAGCUAAGAACCCAUUAAUGGCCUCCAAUCAGUAUUUCUCUCUUACCCCUUUGCUUUAUAGUAUUUUUUGCAGAAUAAAUUAUGGCUUUCUUAGUUUGUUUUGCUUGUAAGGAAUUUUUGGGGUUAACAAUAGACACUUUUGCUUGAAAAAAAAUUGUUAGUCAAACGGCGUUAAGGGUAAAAUCAAGUGAGAAAAUGAAGAAGAAAACUGAAGAGAGUGUUGUUAGGGAGAGAAAAAAGAGACCCAAGUCGAAGUCAAGACCCAAAUCGAAGCUGAAGAAGAAAACAAAAAUCGAAGCUAAAAUGCCUAAGAAACCCCCCACUGCUUUCUUUUACUUAUUGGUGGAUUUUUGUAAGGAAUUUCAAGAGCAGAAUCCGAGCAUCAAGUCAAUGCGCGAUGUGGAGAAAUGUAUGGUAAGAUUGCAAGAGUUGCAGUUAACAGUUGCAGGAGGGUCUAAGAUUAUAUCAGGGGUGAGUUUAAGUCCAAGAAGUACUAAAGGUUAUAUGAGGACUAGUCUCAGAUGCAAGCAAGAGUCCUUGAGGAUGAAGAACUCUACUCCAAGGAAAUCACCAUUGGGAAGUUUCCAGCCACUACAGGAGGUGAAUGGAGGAGAAUGUCAUUACCAGCAAUGUUAGUAGGGGAAACAGUGGGUGAAAUACUUUAACCAAAUCAAUUUGCAAGAUAGAUCCUAGCAGUUGUUGAUAACAAAACCAAGAAUACUUCUGAUGAUCCUAAAACUCCAUUGACUGAACACAGGAAGCAAAUAUAUCAAUUUUUAAAGGUAAUUGCAUGAACCAAUUGAGUUAAAACUCAAAUUUUUCCAUUGUUUUUUUCUGGUCGUGCCAUGAUAUAUUCCCUGUUCUGCUAAAAUAUAUUGUUCCUGGUGCUUCUAGUCUCUGAUGGAAAAGGAUGAUUUGAAAUGCGGGCAGAAUGCGGUGGUGGAGAGGAAAAUCGUAUUAGUCCCGAAAAGUGAGACCAUAGUUCAUUUAAUUGUUUCGAAUGUUAAAACAUUUGACUACCAAUUAAGCAAUGGUGAUAUGAAGCCAAUAAAAAAAGGUUUGAGUGGUUUGAAAACAACUCGGAAGCAGCGAUCCAAAGGACGCAAGUAAAAAAGAGACUGUAGAGACUUGAGGGACAAAAGUGUUUGUAUAUGAGGUAAAAUUGGAUUAGAUGGAGUGUGUUAUAUAUAUGUAUAUGGGACUGAGUGAAUUUUGAUAGGUAUUAGCACUCGGGUCUCUAAAAGCCAGCAUGGUUAGUAACAUCAUCACCCAAUUUUAUAGGGACAAGAUUUUGGAUAUUAUCUCAAACAUGCCUGACUCUAUGCAUUUCCCACAUUAACUUAUGGUGUAAAUUUUAAGCACAAUCCCUAUAUUAUUGUAUAACCAUAGAUACAGCCCUUAAUCUUUACCAUUUUGGUUAAUUUAGCCUGUAACAUUUCCCUUUUAUUACUUCUUCAAUUCUAUUUAGAUUGUACCAGAAAACAA